CGAUAUAUUUGUAGAUUUUUCAACACUAAAUGCUACGAUUCGCGCGCUUUUUUCCUCACCAUCAUAUUUUCGGCGCUUAAAAAAUACUUAGACAAUCGCACGCGGAGGAAUUAGUAAAUAUUCAGACACUAUAUAAUAAAAAAAGCAAUUAACAAAUGGACGUCGACUUCGGGGCGGACGCGGGGUGCUCCUAUCACACGGUGCAGCUCUCCGCCAAAGAAGUUUUAUCCGCGGGUCGCCGUCAGCACUAUUGCAACAUGAUUGACCUACUGGCUAGCAGCUGCAAGAGCUCCGGCCUGAUAGCGACCUCUUUCACGGACGACGAGUUGGUGGAGUUCUGGCUAGGCGAUAUUCUGCCACUGAUGUUCGAUGCCGACAAAAAGAUACAGGACUGCGCCGUGGCCGCUUUGGCAGAGGCUCUGGUGGCCCUCGACGUGUCCGCUAUUCACACAGCCAAGUGCUGGCCUGAAAUCCGAGCAGAGUUCGUCAAUAAGUACACUGUGUCCAUAGGGGAAAUGCGCGACGCCAAGAACUCGAACUGGCACAAGAUUUGGACUUUGCUGGUUCAAAUCAUGGACGAGGAGUUGCUGCGAGGCUGUGUCUACAUCAAUAAAUUCCUGGCCGUGGUGGAGAUGGGCUUCCGCAACCCGGACAACGGCGUCCGUUCAGAGGCCUUCCUUUGCUGGCGGGUGCUCAUUAAAAUCUUUGCCGCCUACGACGAGUUGGCGUCUGGCAAAAGACUUCGGCUGCUCUUGAUACCGCUACGCACCUCGCAAUCGCGCUCCUCGCACGUCAGUGGUAUCAAGCUGCGGGUGUGGUGGUACUUGCUCACCUGCCUGGACGCGGAACUACCGAAAUCCUUUGACAGUGCCGUAGAACACUUUCUGGCCUUCGUGUUCGGAGGCGGGCAUAAGAACCUUCCAACUGGCCUAGCCCAUAGCUAUCAAACUGCGCGGGAACUGGCUCUUCCCUGCUUGGUGUCCCUGUGGGGCGUAGAAGCUAGUGAGCCUUUGCAGAGACUUCUUCGAGAGCUUCGUCUGGAGGGCCUGCCUCAACCUUCUCCGCUAAUGACCGCCGACGUGCUCCAACAGCAUUGGCGGCCACUUUUGGCCGCUGGGGUUGCCGGAAUGAAACUACUGACCCAGCACGAUGCGACUGAGGCGGAGCAGCUGCUUCUCCAGUUAUUGGUGCGCAACCUCUGCCUGGCUAUGUUCCGGCUCGCUGUCGCGCCCUUCACCGUGGCCUGCUGUGGGGAGAUUGAGAAGAUACUGCUUUCUCCGGAUGCUUCUGGAGGCCGAGUAGCACGUGCCCUUUUUAACACAAUAGCCACCGAGAACUUGGCCAUGGAGCGCGUUUCUGCCAGUGACCUGCUUGAUGUUUUGGAAGCCUUCCUCAAGCUGAUACUCAAGGCAAAGACUGAAGUUCCGGCAGUUAUUCUACAGAGGAGCACAGCCAGCAUAUUCGCCCUGGAAGCUGGAAACCAGAACGAGUUCCGCUUGCUGGGAUCAUUUGCGGAGCAUCUGAUGCAGGCCAACGACGAAGAAGACUUCGAAGGCUUCGCCGUUAAGCUGCUAGUUUGGCGCCAAGUUUCCCAAGCCCUGGGAAAUUAUUUGCGUGGAAACGGGCUAGAGUACCGACUGCCCCACAAUGCCACGCUACUGGACUCUUGGCUGCUGUGGCCGCUACAGACUCUCGCCGCCUUUGCCGGAAGGCGCUCGAGCAACGCAUUCGACUCGGCCUUCUGCGAGCAUUGGAAGCAUCUUUUAAACGCCGGACAAAAUGCCCCUGAGAGAAGAAAAUUUUUGGGCGAUCUCAAGAGUUCAUUGGAGGAACUUCUCAAAAGCAAGGACGAACCGCUAUUCGCAGAGAUGUUCGACGCUUACGUGGCCAAUGCUCUAAAGAUGGGCCUCUGUAAGGAGGCACCCCUGUACAAGGAUGUUUUCGGGCUACUCCAGACCAUUUUCCAGCACUCCUCCAACCAGCAGAUGCUGGAGGGCUGCUUGAAUACUCUUCGCAACCUGGUGCAGGAGCUGCGCCAGAACGAACUUAUGGUGGUUUUUGACAGCUUAAAACCCACUCUAUCGGGUGGUAUCCAAUGCUGGACGAAGCUAAAAUGCGAAGGCGGUUUUCUGGAGGACUGGAAGCGGGCCAUCCAGGAGAAGUUCCGGAAGCUUCCUAUGAAGACCAUGGCCAACCAGCUGAAGGAUCUUUUUAAGGGCGACGAUCUUUUUGUGAUCAUUCCAUCCGUGUGGAGCCUGAACCCGGAAAAGCUUACCGAUCGGCAAAAAGAGCGCUUUGCCGAAAAGUCGGAUAUACCCGCUCUGUACAAUGAUAUGAGUCAAUCGCAGGAUUCGGCAUCCCUCAAGCCCUGGACCCCCAAAAAGGUAGUUAUUGCAAAGAGUAAGCAGGGCGAACUGGCUCUGACCGGCAAAGACGAAAGCGAAGAAAAGCCUGAGAGCGGAGAGUCGGACAAGGAUCAAGCUGCUACUGCGACCACCACUCCCAGUAGAAAGACUUCGGGACGCAAAACCCGUGCCCAAGCGGAUGGGGAAGCCACUACCAAAGCUGAAGUGACGCCCGUGCGUCAGACGCGCAAAAGGGCAGCUCAGAAGGAAGUGGAGCAAGCAGCCCAGAAAGAAUCAGAGCAGCGUCAGCAGAGAUCUCCGAAGAAGAUGCCGCCGCCGCAAUCAACGCCUCAACCUACAGCAGCAGCUGCCGGCAAGCAGUCGAAGGCGCCGAAAUCAACCACCACUUUGCACCAAAGCGAGGACCUUUUCCCAGAAGACUCGCCCACUCCUGAGCCCACUGAGGAAACUAAAAAAGCACCCGAAAUCCAGUUAACACCGCCGGAUUUGGUCGUUGUGGAAAUGGCACCAUCCACCCAAAUGGCCGGGAGCAAUACUGAAGCCCUUGCGCCUGUCCAGCCUGCCGCUGAAACAUCGCCCAAAAAGCCCACCACGCGAUUGUGCAACUUGAAUUCCCCACCUGACCGCAAGCAGACCAAUAACUCUUCGAGUCCUACCAUUCGGCCAAAGCCCACUGGGCACCUGACAGGACGUGGUGCCCAGCUCAUUAACAUGAUACGCAACAAGAAACUGGACGGUGUCUCGGGCUCCCCAUACGCCUCCAUCGCAAGCAGUGCAUCGCGCUCCUCCAUACACCAGGUGACUCCCGCUCGCAUCCUCGAUCGCGCCGAACAAGUGUCUACGCCCACCAGUGAGCUAAACGAGUUAACGGGAACAGAGCACACAUCAACGCCGAUACAAGCACCGCCCUCGAAGGAUCUUCUGGUGUUCUCCAAGCGACUCCCAUCGCCCUCGGCCAGCCCCUCGGUGAGCAUCCUUAAGAGAAAACUGCGCUGCGAAAGCCUUGACGAUGCCACCCUGGAUUCACCGGCUUUGAAACGCAAACGGGUCAGCUUCCACGAUCCACCCGUGUCCGUGACCAAGGAGUACCUAAGGGAUGUGGAUGAGACACGUAGUGGCAGUAUGAGUAGCAGUGGUCUCAAGACGAAGCGUUGCCUGCUGAUGGACAAGGUGGCCCAGACAACUGAAAUGCGGCAGGCGCUGAGGCGGCGGGGACGCCUGGACAGCAUCAUCGAGAUAGAGCGCUUUGCCAGCGAACAGACCGCCAGGACGGCCACGACUGACAAAACGCUAGACAAGUCGUCGGCUGAAGCUCCUGGAGACGAAGACGCCUUUACCAGCUUGAAGUGGAACGAAACAACUGCUGGUAAUAAUCUCGAUGGCACAGUAAAGAAUCACGAGGUGGAAUCGGCAGCGGAACCAGCUCUUCAGGAUGGGGCAAUUUUGGAUGCGGAUGCCGCCCUCGAUUUGGUGGUGGAUCAACAGCCCCUGGAGACGGUGCUGCAGCGCUACUUUGACAGGGGCCAACUGAAAAGUGCCGGGACUUUGGCAAAGUUUCUGUCCGGCCAAAUGAGCACCAACGACAAGCUUAAGACCAAUGUUCUGGAGACGCUAUCUGAAAAUCACUCCAAGGACUUCCUAGACCAUGCGGUUCGCGAGAACCUUUCGUCGGUGGUGUGCGACCGGCUCAAUCCCAACUCCGUCCUGGAAUAUGUCUGUGCCAAGUCAAAGAUCAGCAACAGCUGCCGCAGCGGGCUACUGGCUCAGGUACCCGAGAUCCUCAACAGCGGCGGGCCGCGCUCCGGGGCUGAGAGAAUGACUUUCGUCCAACAGUUGCUGACGCAGUGCAGCCCCGGUGACGACCAGCUGCUCGACCUCAUCGAUCUCCUGAUGCGCACACGCCGCGACCGGAACAGCGCCUCAAAACCUCUGCCAAUAUCCAUUUCCGUCUCCACAUCCAAACCCGGCGGCAUUGGCUCUGUAAUAGGUACCAUCGACAACGUGGCCGAAACCGCGGCCGACUCUUCGUCCAACCUGUAAUGUUAAACAGCCACCGAUAUGACAUUUUACUGGCCAUCGACGAUGUAAUGUUUAAGUUCAAAGUUAUUUAAUUUAAGUUUUAAGUAUUAAGGUCAAGCAACUUUAUUUCAUGCCCGUUGGAUUACCACUUUUCGGUACCAUUUUUAAAUAAUAUAAAAAAAUUAUAUAAAAA